GCCAUAGACCUAAAAGGCCAUACAUAUAGGUUGUUUGUGAGAGAGAAUCUGGGGUGUGUUGCCAUUGCCAGCUAUGAAUUAGAAGGAUGAAAGCUUUCCCAGGAGGGUCAAAGCUGUCAAAUUUUAAUUUCAAGGCUUUUUUUUUUUUUUCCCCUUCCCUGUGUUUCACCUUAUAGCUACAUUUACACGAAAUCCACAUACUAAACACCCAUAUAAUCCUUCACUUGUUCUUCCUCUCUAUUCCGUUGCCGUAUUCUUUCUCUCAGAAAAAAAAAAAACUCUUUCUCUUCUCUCUACCUCCCCCUAUAUAUUCCUCCCCCUUUAUUAUUAGAGCACAUAAAGAAUUUCUGUGCCUGUUUUGAUUAGGAGGGAGGAGGGAGAAGAAGAAUAAGAAGGGAGCGAGAAUAGAAAUCAACCCCGUGUUUGAUCAAUUUUAUGGUCCAAGAUUGAACAUAAAAAAUGGCGGUUACUACUCACACUCUAUCUGCCACAGAAAAGAAACACUGGUGGCUUACCAACCGAAAGAUUGUUGAGAAAUACAUUAAGGAUGCAAGGAGCUUAAUAGCGACGCAAGAUCAGAGCGAGAUAGCUUCGGCUCUGAACCUUCUAGAUGCGGCUCUGGCGAUUUCUCCGAGGUUUGACCAAGCGCUUGAGUUGAGAGCAAGGGCGUUGCUCUAUUUGCGGCGGUUCAAGGAGGUUGCUGAUAUGCUUCAGGACUACAUUCCGAGCCUGAGAAUGGGAAACGAUGACUCAUCAUCGUCUUCUUCUGACAGCUCUCAGCAACUUUCGAGGGAGGGAGUGAAGCUUCUCUCUUCUUCCUCGGAGUCUCCGGUGAGGGAUCAUAGUUUCAAGUGCUUCUCUGUGUCUGACCUCAAGAAGAAGGUCAUGGCAGGACUAUGUAAAACUUGCGACAAGGAAGGGCAAUGGAGAUACUUGGUGUUGGGUGAAGCAUGCUGCCACCUAGGCCUAAUGGAGGAUGCAAUGGUUCUUCUUCAAACGGGGAAACGCAUUGCAAGCGCCGCAUUCCGGCGCGAGAGUGUGUGCUGGUCGGAAGACAGCUUUUGUGUUACCAAUAUACCCUUCUCCGGCGAUUCCACAAACGCGCCACCCUCAACUCCGCCGCGAACCCUUCUCGCAGACUCCGAGAGCGUGGCCCAACUCCUCGGCCACAUAAAGUUCCUCCUCCGCCGCCGCGCCGCUGCACUCGCCGCCCUCGACGCUGGACUCUACUCGGAGGCCGUCCGCCACUUCUCCAAAAUCGUCGACGGCCGCCGCAGCGCGCCGCAGAGCUUCCUCGCUGAGUGCUACAUGCACCGCGCCUCCGCGCACCGUUCCGCCGGCAGAAUCGCAGAAUCAAUCGCCGAUUGCAACCGUACGCUCGCAUUAGACCCCACUUGCAUCCAAGCACUCGAAACCAGAGCUUCACUCUUCGAAACAAUUCGCUGUUUACCAGAUUCUCUUCACGACCUCGAACACUUGAAGCUUCUCUACAACUCAAUCUUGCGUGAUCGCAAGCUUCCAGGUCCUGCGUGGAAGCGCCACAACGUGCGAUACAGAGAAAUUCCAGGGAAACUCUGCGCCCUCACUAUUAAAAUUCAGGAACUUAAACAGAGGUUGGCUUCUGGUGAAACCGGGAAUGUGGAUUACUAUGCUUUGAUUGGUGUCCGACGAGGAUGUUCCCGGUCGGAGUUGGAGAGGGCACACUUGUUGCUUUCCUUGCGGCACAAGCCUGAUAAGGCAACUGGGUUCAUCGAAAGGUGCGAGCUUGCGGAUGAGCGUGAUGUUGAGUCUGUUAAAGAGAGGGUGAAGAUGUCGUCGUUGUUGUUAUAUAGAUUGGUUCAGAAGGGUUACACUAAUGUCAUGGGUAACAUUAUGGAUGAGGAAGCUGCUGAGAAGCAGAGAAAGAAGGCUGCUUUGCAAGCUAUUCAAGCACAGAAAGAGAAAGCCAAUGAAGCUGCUGAGCUGAAUAAGGUCGUUGAGAGUAAUAGGAGCAGCGUGGAGAAUACUAAUACUAAUAAUACUCAAAAUAGGUCUAUGGUGUCUUCUUCUACUGUGAAUCCGGCGGUGUUUCAGGGUGUUUUCUGCCGCGAUCUUACGGUGGUGGGGAACUUGCUUUCUCAGGCGGGGUUUAACCGGUCCAUGCCGGUGAAGUAUGAAGCGUUGAGCUGUUGAUUGAAUCGAAGUUGGUCGGAAAUGGAAAUGUUUGGUGGGGGGGCUGUUGGAGAUGGUACCGGCAGAGGGAAUCUCUGGUUCGUUCGUUCACUUUUGUUGUACAAAAUUAUGCAAAGAAAAAAUAUUUUAGACUGCCGGAAAAUUUUGUCACCUUUUCCUUUUUAUCUUUCAUUAGCCAUCUUUUUAUUUUUAUCUCUCUAUCAGAUGUACAGAUUAUCAGUACUGAAUGAAGACUCUACUUUUGUAUUU